AACCAUCAUAAACACCAUAUGUUCAUGGAUCAUUGUCAUCAUCGCGACUUCUCAAUUUUCCAAACUUUGCUAAAAUGACUUCUUCUUUUACUUUAUAAUUAAAUCAGGUUCCUGUGUUGCAGCUCAGGUGAACACACUAACCCAGCCUUUGUUAAUGUCUUCGUUCUCAGCCUCGUUUCCUCUCAUCACUAACCUCACACGGAGCCGUAUUAUAUCAUCUUGGUGCAGGUGUCUUUCUUUGCUCACUUUUCUUCUUUACACACAAACAACAACAACGUGCUACACAACACGCGGCUUUAAUGUGACCUAUUUUUUUUUUUUUUUUUUUUUUUUCCAUGCACUAAUAAUAAUUUCGCUGCAUACAACCAGCUAACGUCCCUGUCAGUGCGUCUGCCUUCGCUGUGCUGCGUUUGCGGCGUUUCCAUGCGAACAGGCGGAAUCUGAAGAGAAACCCGCAGCCAGAAUCAAGGCACCGAACCGGAGAGGACGCACGAAGGAGCCCAGGCACCCUGCGCCAGCAUCGGACUCCCGGAAUGAAAGGCUGUCAGUGAGGAUUAUUUCUUUACUCCGAGAUUGACUGAGGGCUUGUGUGGAGCAGCUGGGUUUGGUGGCAUGGCCUUGUCGUUUUGUGGCAACAACAAGGAUAUCAAUCCCUACAGUGUGGAGAAUGGCACGCUGAACAAUGGCUGCUUUGUGGAUGCUCUCAACCUGGUUCCACAUGUCUUCCUGCUCUUCAUCACCUUCCCCAUCCUCUUCAUCGGGUGGGGCAGUCAGAGCUCUAAGGUGCAGAUCCAUCACAACACAUGGCUUCAUUUCCCCGGCCACAACAUGAGGUGGAUCCUCACCUUCCUCCUGCUGUUCGUGCACGUGUGCGAGUUUGCAGAAGGCAUCGUCUCCAACAGUAGGGUGAUGUCAACCAACCACCUGCAUCUCUUCAUGCCAGCGUUCAUGGGGUUCGUAGCGGCCACAACAUCCGUAGUCUACUACCACAACAUAGAGACAUCCAACUUUCCCAAACUGCUGCUUGUCCUUUUCAUAUACUGGGUGUUGGCGUUCAUCACCAAGUCCAUCAAGCUUUGGAAGUUUGCAGAGUUCAACGUUGGGCCACAGCACCUCAGGUUCUGCAUCACAGCGCUGUUGGUGGUUUUGUAUGGGCUGCUGAUGGGCGUGGAGGUCAACGUCAUCAGAGUCAGGAAAUACGUCUUUUUUGCCAACCCCCAGAAAGUGAAGCCGCCAGAAGAUUUGCAGGAUUUAGGGGUUCGCUUUCUGCAGCCAUUUGUCAACCUGCUGUCCAAGGCGACAUAUUGGUGGAUGAAUCCUCUCAUCAUUGGAGCCCAUAAGAGGCCUAUAGAGCUGAAGAAGAUCGGCAAGCUGCCCAUCGCCAUGAGAGCCCUCACCAACUACCUGCGGCUAAAAGACGCCUACGAGGAUCAGAGGACGGCCGAGGACCCGGACCGACCGCCGUCAAUCUGGCGCUCCAUGUAUCGAGCGUUUGGCCGGCCCAUCCUGCUCAGCAGCACCUUCCGCUACCUGGCAGACCUGCUCGGCUUCGCUGGGCCCCUCUGCAUCUCGGGCAUCGUGAAGCACCUGAAGACUAAAGACGAUGUGGCAACAGCAGACAAGAUGAAGGACACCUAUUUAGGCGUCUACUUCAUGUCUUCCACCGAGCUCCUGCAGAACAGUUCAGUCCUGGCUGUUCUCCUCUUCCUGGCUUUGGUCCUACAGAGAACCUUCCUACAGGCCUCCUACUACGUCACCAUAGAAACAGGCAUCAAUCUGCGGGGGGCUCUGCUGGCGAUGAUUUACAACAAAAUCCUGCGUCUAUCCACUUCCAACAUGUCCAUGGGUGAGAUGACACUGGGGCAGAUCAACAACCUCGUCGCCAUAGAGACCAACCAGCUGAUGUGGUUCCUCUUCCUCUGUCCCAACCUGUGGGCCAUGCCUGUACAGAUUGUGAUGGGAGUGAUUCUGCUCUACUACCUGUUGGGAUGGAGCGCCUUGGUCGGAGCGUCCGUCAUAGUUCUCCUGGCUCCGGUCCAGUACCUCAUAGCUACAAAGCUGGCGGACACGCAGAAAAGCACACUAGAACACUCUACAGAUCGCCUGAAGAAGACCUCAGAGAUCUUAAAGGGUAUCAAGCUGCUGAAGCUGUACGCGUGGGAAAACAUCUUCUGCGACAGCGUUGAGGAGACCAGAGGGAAAGAGCUCACCAGCCUCAAGACGUUUGCUUUCUACACGUCCAUGUCGAUUUUCAUGAACGCUGCUAUCCCCAUUGCCGCCGUCCUUGCGACUUUUGUGAUGCAUCACUUCCUUAAUAAAACCGGUCCGACUCCUUCCGAGGCCUUCGCUGCUCUGGCGCUGUUUCACAUCCUGGUCACGCCGCUCUUCCUGCUCUCCACGGUGGUCAGAUUUGCUGUCAAGGCGCUGGUCAGUGUCCAGAAGCUCGGUGAGUUUCUUCAGAGCGACGAAAUUGGCGACGACAGCUGGAGAAACGGCGACAUUUCGGUUUCCUUGGAACCAGGGAAGAAACACCUGGGGAUGACCAAAGCCAUCAACAGGAAGCAGCCGAUGCGCUACCAGAUGGACAACUACGAGCAGCCGACCAGGCGUCAGAUGAGACCCACGGAGACAGAGGAUGUGGCUGUAAAGGUGAGCAACGGAUCGUUCACAUGGGGCAACAAUCUGGUGACGCUGUCAGACAUCAACAUCCGCAUCCCCACCGGUCAGCUGACAAUGAUUGUCGGCCAGGUGGGUUGUGGGAAGUCCUCCCUGCUGUUGGCCAUGCUUGGCGAGAUGCAGGCCGUUGACGGAAGAGUCUACUGGAGCAAGCUGCCUCAUUGUGAGAUGAUCAACGAGGGGAACAUAAGUUGGUCAGGGACAGAGGAGUCUGAGGAGGACAUCCGGAGCAAGAACAGAUACUCUGUGGCCUACGCCGCCCAGAAGUCCUGGCUGCUCAACGCUACGGUGGAGGAAAACAUCACGUUUGGCAGCCCUUUCAACAAACAGAGGUACAAAGCGGUGAUUGACGCCUGCUCUCUGCAGCCAGACAUCGACCUGCUGCCUUUCGGAGACCAAACAGAGAUCGGAGAGAGGGGCAUCAACCUGAGUGGAGGCCAGAGACAGAGAAUCUGCGUGGCCAGGGCCCUCUACCAAAACACCAACAUUGUCUUCUUGGACGAUCCGUUCUCUGCGCUGGACAUCCACCUCAGCGAUCACCUGAUGCAGGAAGGAAUCCUCAAGUUUCUGCAAGACGACAAACGGACAUUGGUCCUCGUCACCCACAAACUGCAGUACCUCAUACAUGCAGACUGGAUUAUAGCCAUGAAGGACGGCUCCGUGCUGAGAGAGGGAACUCUGAAGGACAUUCAGACUCAUGAUGUUGAACUCUAUGAUCACUGGAAAACGCUGAUGAACAGACAGGACCAGGGGCUAGAGAAGGACAUACAGCAGGACAGUCAAACAACUCUCGAGAGGAAGACUCUGAGGAGGGCUUUCUACUCCAGAGAGGCCAAGAACCAAAUAGAUGAUGAGGACGAAGAGGAAGAAGAGGAGGAGGAAGAUGAUGACAACAUGUCCACGACCACCAACAGACGAUCAAAGAUCCCAUGGAAGAUGUGCUGGUGUUACCUGUCCUCUGGUGGUUUCUUCAUGGUCUUCCUCAUGGUUUCCUCCAAACUCCUCAAGCACUCAGUUAUUGUUGCCAUUGAUUACUGGUUGGCACUCUGGACUUCCUCCAAGACCGAACAGAGCACGGAUGCAGGAACAGACCUGUUCACUGGAACCAGUCCGGCCAACAGCAGCAACAUCACACUUCCUACCCCUGGUACCCUGGAGGCCGAGAAGGACUCCUACUACCUGCCGGUGUUUAUCAUCCUGUGUGCGGCUGGAAUCACUUUGUGCCUCAUCACCUCCCUCACCGUGGAGUUUCUGGGUCUUUCGGCAGCAACCAACCUUCACCACAACCUGCUCAACAAGAUCAUCCACGCGCCAAUCAGGUUCUUUGACAUCACUCCUUUGGGUCAGAUCCUCAACAGAUUCUCAGCUGACACCAACAUCAUUGACCAGCAUAUUCCUCCGACGCUGGAGUCUUUGACGAGGUCAACGCUGCUGUGUUUGUCUGCCAUCGGGGUCAUAGCCUCCAUCACUCCAGCCUUUCUGAUCGCCUUGGUUCCCCUGGCGGUGGCCUUCUACUUCAUUCAGAAGUACUUCCGGGUCGCCUCCAAGGACCUCCAGGACCUCGAUGACUCCACACAGCUUCCUCUCCUCUGCCACUUCUCUGAGACGGCUGAAGGCCUCACCACUAUACGAGCGUUCAGACACGAGGCUCGUUUUAAACAGCGCAUGCUGGAGCUGACGGACACUAAUAACACCGCCUACCUGUUUCUGUCCGCCGCCAACCGCUGGCUGGAGGUCCGAACGGACUACCUCGGAGCAGUGAUAGUGCUGACAGCUGCAGGAGCCUCGAUAUGGAGUUUACGUUACAAUAAUCCCGCUGGAGGUCUGGUGGGCCUCGGCCUCACCUACGCCCUCACCGUCACUAACUACCUGAACUGGGUUGUGAGGAACCUGGCAGACCUGGAGGUUCAGAUGGCGGCUGUGAAGAAGGUCAACAGCUUCCUCAGCACAGAGUCGGAGAACUACGAGGGAUCCAUGGACACCUCUCAGGUGCCCGAGAACUGGCCCCACGACGGUGAGAUAAAGAUCCAGGACCUGUGUGUGCGCUACGAUCCCAUGCUCAAACCAGUGCUGAAACACGUCAACGCGUGCAUCAAACCAGGCCAGAAGGUGGGAAUCUGCGGUCGUACGGGCAGUGGGAAGUCCUCGCUGUCGUUGGCAUUUUUCAACAUGGUGGAUAUUUUUGAAGGGAAGAUCAUCAUCGACGGGAUCGACAUCUGUAAACUCCCUCUGCCGACUCUCAGAUCGCGACUCUCCAUCAUCCUCCAGGAUCCCGUGUUGUUCAGUGGAUCGAUAAGGUUUAAUCUCGACCCGGAGAGGAUGUGCACUGAUGACCGACUCUGGGAGGCGCUAGAGAUCGCUCAGCUUAAGAAUAUGGUAAAAACGUUGCCUGGAGGACUAGAUGCGGUCGUGACAGAAGGCGGAGAGAACUUCAGCGUCGGGCAGAGGCAGCUCUUCUGUUUGGCUAGAGCGUUCGUCCGAAAGAGCAGCAUCCUCAUCAUGGACGAAGCCACGGCAUCUAUAGACAUGGCCACGGAGAACAUCUUACAGAAGGUUGUGAUGACGGCAUUUGCGGACAGAACGGUUGUAACAAUCGCGCACCGUGUCCACACCAUCCUCACAGCCGAUCUCGUCAUUGUGAUGAAGCGAGGCAACAUCAUGGAGUAUGACAAACCCGAGACUCUUUUGGAGCAGGAGGACGGGAUGUUUGCUUCAUUCGUCAAAGCCGACAUGUAGACGUACACAACUUCUGUUGUAGCGACUGUUCUGGACUCUUUUUUUGGUUUUUAUACUGAAUUAUCUCCUCGAUGAGAUCUCUGUGAGACGACAACACUCCCGGGAAGCAAAUGAUGUUUUUUUUGUUUGUUUGUUUUUUUAAGGAGAAGCUUCUCUUCUGGAGGAAAAAGUCAGAAACCACCAUCAACACUCUGAGAUAUAUGUCUACAAGCCAUUUAUUAUUCAAAAAUAUUUCAUGCUGACAUUGUAGUUAGCAAACCUGAAGUUAUAAAUAAGAAUUAAAAAUAUUUCUAAAGAAAGUAGGAGUUGAUGCUGACGAUUCCUCCGAGUAAAAGAAUACCAUAUUUUCUCAUUUGUCUGAAGGUAAGUCAGGUAAUUUAUAGGGUUUUCGCCCAGUAUUUACUUUCUUUUUAAAACAAUAAAAAUAUAUACAGAAUGCACGAGAAGCGAAAAAAUUUGUUCUUGCUCUCGAGGUGAGCAAGAACAAGAACAAAGUUGGUUCUGGGCGUCCAGGGCAUUUAAACUUUACGAGAAACUCACACAAUAUUAGAUGGUGUCUAACAGAGUUGUUUAUUGACCAGUUUGAACUUUUGGGUCAUUUUAUAUUGAUAGAAUUUUUAAUUAUCUUUUAACUAUCUUAUAAAUAUUUGUUACCUUUUUGUAUUACACACAACCUGUAUCAGUUUAUACUCUAUAGCACUUACAUUAUGCAAUAAGAAAGGGAGAAAACAUUUAUUUAAUUGUUUUGUUUUUUAAGGUGAAUGAAAUUUUUGUUUUGUUUUGAUUUGUUUUGUUUUUGCAGCGUUGCUCUCUCCGUUGAGAAUUCUAAUCUCUUUAAUAUUUUACACAACUUUUUUUAAUCAUAAAUUCAGCCGUAGAGGUGACGCUGAUUACUGCAUUGUUUGAAGUUUUAAACUUCAAAUCCAACUCAAGACAUCUGUGAGGCCUCAGACCUCCCGGGAUCUUACUUAUCUUAUCUUGAGUCACCACCAAGAGGUUGAACUGUUUCGUCUCGGCAGGAAACUUCGGUGUAAAGAAGGUGGAAGUGUACCAGAAAUAAAUAUAAAGCUUUAUCUUUUUUUUUUUCUUCUGGGAAAAAUACAUAUCAAGCUCAGAUUGGGUCCUAAAUUCACAAUGUUUCCCAUUUUCCUGAAUGAAAAUCAAACAAAAUAAAUGUUUGUCAUAACAUUAUGACCACCUUGCUAAAUGCAAAACCCCCCCCAAAAUUUUGAUUAAGUAGGGACCCCCUACCUUCUAUACUGAACUUGGCCUAUUCAUUCACUAUAAAGCUGUUCAAAUAAUACACAGGUUCAAGUAUUAUUAUUAUUAUUAUUUUUUUUUGUUUUACUUCAAAUAUGUGCAACAGUAGGGUGGCCAGGCAACUGCUGUGAACAUAAAGAUAACUGACUGGUGUGUGUUUAUAUAUAUAUAUAUAUAAUAAUAUGCGGCCUCGUGAUUGGCUCAGGAGUGAAGGGGCGGGGCCUACAAUGUACAGGAGGUUUAGAUUGACAGGUCUAGUGUGGUGCUCUAAUUUACUGAAAUUACUUAAUAAAAGAUAAAAUAAAUAAAUAAAUAAACGUAUAUUAAAACUUUCGCAUCUCAGUAUCUCUGUUUUAAAUAAAAUGUAUAUCUUAAAUAUUAAAUAUGUUGCAUAUUUUCGCAGCCACAUGAUUUGUAAAGACAAAUAAGGACAUGUUUAAUAAUAAUAAUAUAUUCAAUCAAAAUUAUCUUCAACUGGUGACUUAUUUUGUGUUUAUAAGAAUAUAAAUUUGACUUUUUGUUGUUUUAAAUGAUACUCAGUGAAGUAUACUCUCUAAAUUAGGAAGUUUUAACUUUGAAAAUUAAUACUGAAUCAUCCAAGACACACACACCAAAGUUCUGACGUCUUCUGCCUCCAUUUAUCCCUUCACUAAAAUAUGUUGCAUUCAUCUUAAUGUGUAUUUAAAUAAAUUUAAAUUUGUAUAUAUAU